GGGCCAACUCCGGGGCGGGGCCUUGUCGUGGGCGUGGCCUCCUCGAGUUCCGGAGUGGACUGUCUGGCAGCCUUUGCUGGAUCCGAGAUGCAGCCGCCGCCCCGAAAAGUGAAGCCAUCCCAGGAGGUGAAACUUCGCUUCUUGGAGCAGCUGAGCAUCCUUCAGACCCGGCAACAGAGGGAGGCGGAUCUGCUGGAGGAUAUCAGAUCCUACAGCAAGCAGAGGGCAGCCAUUGAACGGGAGUAUGGCCAGGCACUCCAGAAGCUGGCUGGGCCAUUCCUGAAGAGGGAAGGGCAGCGGAGCGGGGAAGUCGACAGCAGGACAGUGUUUGGUGCCUGGCGCUGCCUUCUGGAUGCCACUGUGGCUGGAGGCCAAACCCGGCUCCAGGCUUCUGACAGAUACCGUGACCUAGCAGGGGGCACUGGGAGGAGUGCCAAGGAGCAGGUGCUUAGGAAGGGGACAGAGAGUCUUCAGCGGGCACAGGCUGAGGUGCUGCAGUCCAUCCGGGAACUGAGCCGAAGUCGGAAGCUCUAUGGGCAGCGAGAACGUGUGUGGGCCUUGGCACAGGAGAAGGCAGCUGAUGUCCAGGCCAGGCUGAACCGAAGUGACCACGGGAUCUUCCACUCUCGGACCAGCCUCCAGAAACUGAGCACCAAGCUGUCUGCCCAGUCAGCCCAGUAUUCCCAGCAGUUGAGAGCAGCCCGCAAUGAGUACCUGCUAAAUUUGGUGGCCACCAAUGCUCACCUUGCCCACUACUACCAAGAGGAACUGCCAUCCCUGCUCAAGGUCCUGGUAAGUGAGCUGUCAGAAUACUUGAGGGACCCCCUCACUUUAUUAAGCCACACGGAGCUGGAAGCUGCAGAGAUGGUCCUGGAACAUGCCCACCAUGGGGGGCAGGUGACUUCUCAGGUAAACUGGGAACAAGAUGUGAAGCUGUUUCUUCAGGGGCCUGGAGUCUUUUCCCCCACGCCACCUCAGCAAUUCCAGCCAGCAGGGGCUGAUCAGGUGUGUGCCCUGGAGCGGGGAGCAGAAGGGAUGGUUGGAGAGAGUGGCCUGGAGAAAGAGGUUCAGCGUUGGACAAGCAGGGCUGCCCGGGACUACAAGAUCCAGCAUCAUGGGCAUCGGGUCCUGCAGCGACUGGAACAGAGGCGUCAGCAGGCUCCAGAGCGAGAAGCCCCAGGCUUAGAACAGCGGCUACAGGAAGUGCGGGAGAACAUCCGACGGGCACAGGUGAGCCAGGUGAAAGGGGCUGCCCGGCUGGCCCUGCUACAGGAGGCUGGCCUAGAUGUACAGUGCUGGCUGAAGCCAGCCAUGACCCAAGCCCAGGAAGAGGUGGAGCAGGAGAGACGGCUUAGUGAGGCUCGGCUGUCCCAGAGGGAUCUCUCUCCCAUGGCUGAGGAUGCUGAACUUUCUGACUUCGAUGAAUGUGAGGAGGCUGGGGAGCUCUUUGAAGAGCCUGCCCCCCCAGCCCUGGCUACCAGAUCCCUCCCCUGCCCUGCUCAUGUGGUAUUUGGCUACCAGGCAGGACGUGAGGAUGAGUUGACUAUCACCGAGGGUGAGUGGCUGGAGGUCAUCGAGGAAGGAGAUGCUGAUGAAUGGGUUAAGGCUCGGAACCAGCAUGGCGAAGCGGGCUUUGUCCCUGAACGAUAUCUCAACUUCCCGGAUCUCUCCCUUCCUGAGAGCAGCCACGGCAGCAGCAAUCCCUCAGGAGCAGAGCCCACAGGUAAGAGAACGUUCCUGGCCCGGGCCCUGUAUAGCUACAUUGGGCAGAGUGAAGAGGAGCUAAGCUUCCCUGAAGGGGCACUCAUCCGCCUGCUGCCCAGGGCUCAAGACGGUGUGGAUGAUGGCUUCUGGAGGGGAGAAUUUGGGGGCCGUGUUGGAGUUUUCCCAUCUCUACUGGUAGAGGAACUGCUUGGUCCCCCAGGGCCACCUGAAUUCUCUGACCCUGAACAGACGCUGCCAUCCCCUUCUCCUCCCAGUUUUUCGCCUCCUGCACCCACCUGUGCCUUGGAAGGAUCCGCUGCACCUGCUCUGCCUCUGGACAAAGUCCUAGACUGCCCAGGACCUCUGGACAUGAUGGUGCCUCGACUCAGGCCGAUGCGUCCACCACCUCCCCCACCAGCCAAAGCCCCGGAUCCUGGCCAUCCAGAUCCCCUCACCUGAAGGCCGGGGGGUCACUGCCCCCCAGUGAUGCUGCUGCCCCUAUCUCCAUGCUGACAGACACCACCCCUGCAAUGAUCUGGAGCGACAUAGGCAAAAGUUGCAGUCUUCCCCCAUGUCCACUCUCGCCUCCAGGGGUAGAAGCUGGCCCUGUUCCCAUUUCUGGGAUUUGAACCCAUUCCUUUCCCACAUUGUUCUUCUGUCAUCUCUGGGCCGGAACUACCCCUUUGAUUUUUUUUUUUUUUACCAUCACCCCAUAUCUAGGGUGGUAAAAUAUCCCAAAAUUUCUGGGGCUGGUACCCAUUCCUUAAAGCAUUUUACGGUU